UCCGGAUUUGCACCAGCUGACACGCCAGGUGAAGUGUGAAGGAUUGCGGCGGGUGUGCAUUUUUGUAAGACCAGGUGGCUUCGGGAAAGCCACACUUCAAAUGGCUGAAGUCCUCCUGUACUGGAGAUUCAAGGGGGAGCGGUAUGUGUCAUCCCCACCACCACCCCACCCCCCAAACUACAAUUAAAGGGAACAGUAACCCACAAAUUGUAAUUUUGCUGUCAGCACAGGAACUUGAAUUGCAUUUCUUAACAGAUUUUCCUUCCCCAGGCUGCAUGUUGUGCUAAUACAGAGAACCCAUUUGCAUAACUUCUGUCAGUCUGAAGCAUGGCUUGAUGGCUUUCUGGUACAGAAAGUUAGUUUAAAUGUUCUUUACACUUAUGUUCUGAUUACUUUCAUGUAUUUGAAAUGUUUUCCUCAUUGUAUGAAUACAGGACAUCUGGAAUGGAAAUACACUGAAAGAAAUGUCAGCUGAUUUGGAGAAGCGGUAAUUUUGGGUGUGUUUUUAACAUAAAAAUCCAGAAGGCCUAACCUGGCCCAAAGGUUAACGGUCCAGACUCGUGAUCAGCUGGGGAAGGAGCAUGCAUCUCUAUACGCCUUUACAGAUUUGCCCACGUUUACACUAGUAGUGAAUUCUGUCCUGCUGGGUCUUCUGGCUUUCCAGCAGAGGCCUUUUGGUGAAAUUUAUUCUUUGAUAUUUCCUUUAAGUAGCUUUGAUGGUUAUAAUUAUAUAGAAGCAGGUUAAAUUUAGGGACUGCAGAAGGUUUUCAAGCAGCACGUAGCAUAAACCUUUCUGUCUCAUGGAAAUUCAUGGCAGUGAAAAAGCAGUGUUCCUUUAUAGCAUUGUAGAAUCUCUGAUAUUUAAUUACCUUAGCUCUGGGAAAAGGGUAUCGUGCAACAAAGACUGGAAAACCAGUGUCAAGUCUCUGUACUGCUUUAUGCCACGUGUUUAAUCCUGAGCAGUGGCAGGAGCACGUCUCAGGGGCAGAAGGGAUCUCAGCCGAGUUCUGUUGCCAGUCCAGUCCCCCCUGAAAUGUAAGGCACACUAUCAGCGCAAGAAAGGAGGGUGUUUUCUACCUCGUGGUCAGCUGUAUUUUUGCAGGUUGUCUCCUGAAGCUACUUCGGAUCCGCAGGAACCGUGAAAUGCGCCUGAUUUCCUGCAGUCAUUCCGUACCGUUCAAAGCAAAAUCAAUCACCGUUUUGAAAGGAACGCCGCCGGAUCGUGGCUCCAGGCGGCCGGUGGCUGCAGCUCCUCCCUGCCAGUCGGGGCACGGCGGGAGCCGCAGAACUUGGCCGUGCGGGGGCCCCGCACUGCUGCAGCCCGCCCGGGGCAGCGCUGCCGGCGCGGCGCGGGAGCGGCUGGGGCAGCGGCCGCGGCCCCGGGCGGGGCGGGGGGUCCGGGCGCCGCCUGAUUGGCCGCAGCGCGGGGCCCGGGGAAGGCGCGGCGGGAGGCGGCGCGGCGGCGGCGGCCGCAGGAUGGGCGGCAGGGCCGGCUUCUUCGAGGUGGAAAUCCUUGAUUGGAAGACAAAGAAACAGCUAUGCUUCCUAGAUAAGGUGGAACCAAAUGCCACAAUUAGGGAGAUCAGAUUGAUGUUCCAUAAAUUCUAUCCUCGGUGGUAUCCAGCAAGGCAGUCGCUAAAACUUGAUCCAAAAGGAAAGUCCCUGAGGGAUGAGGAAAUCCUGCAGCACCUCCCUGUUGGCACAACUGCUACCUUAUACUUUAAAGAUUUAGGGCCACAGAUAGGAUGGACUACGGUAUUUUUGAUAGAAUAUACAGGUCCAUUGUUCAUCUAUUUUCUGUUUUAUUUCCGCAUGCCUUUUGUCUAUGGGCUGGAUGAGAGGUUUACAUCAAGUCCGCAUCCAGUAGUUAACUUGGCAUGUAUCUGCCAUUCUUUCCACUACAUCAAAAGGUUGAUUGAAACAGUAUUUGUUCAUCGGUUCUCCCAUGGGACUAUGCCACUGAGGAAUAUUGUGAAGAACUGCUUAUAUUACUGGGGAUUUGCAGCUUGGCUUGCUUAUUACAUCAAUCAUCCUCUUUACACUCCUCCCUCUUAUGGGAAAAAGCAGAUUAAUUUUGCUGUGAUCAUGUUUCUGCUGUGUGAAGCUGGAAAUUUUUCCAUUCACGUUGCACUCAGUGACCUCCGGAGAAAUGGAUCCAAAACCCGUAAGAUCCCAUAUCCAACAAAGAAUCCUUUCACAUGGCUGUUUUUCUUUGUAUCUUGCCCUAACUAUACAUAUGAGGUGGGGACGUGGAUCAGUUUCACUAUCAUGACUCAGUGUGUUCCAGUGGGGCUGUUCACUUUGCUUUGCUUCAUUCAGAUGACAAUCUGGGCAAAGGAUAAACACUGCACUUACCUGCGAGAAUUCAAGGAUUACCCAAGUCUUCGAAUGCCAAUUAUUCCCUUUUUGUUGUAAGAAAAAAGGUAUAAUUUGAAUAUUGCACGGAACUUCAAGAAGAAAAAGCUCAUAAGCCUCCUGCCAAAUAAGCAAAUUAAUUUAAAGGAUUUUGGUGCAUGUUUAAUCUCCACUGCUGAGGGAAACUGUAUGCACUCAAAAGCUACACUUCCUUAAAUUCAAGAAUUCUCAACUCAGAAGAACCUUUAAAAAAAAAAAAAAAGGCUUCGUUGCACAGCUGGUAGUCAAAAACCCCUACAGUUCACUGAAAUCUGACUGACUUAGAUUUUCCUGUACUAGUCUAUUUAGAUGGAUGGAUCAGAUACUGAGAAGUCUGUGCUGAAAAGCAGCUCCAAAUUUAGCAGCAGCAUUCUGCAAGACAUAAGUACAUUGGAACAAGGACAUACCAACUAACUACUAGAGAGCUCAGUUCAGCCAGCAUGGCCAGCUGGCCUGAAGACAGUUGCAUGAUCUGGCUUGUUUGACUUGAAGAGAGUGUGCUGCCUGGAGGCAGCUGCUGUGUAACAAAUAACACUACCAAAGAACAUGAAUGAUUCUUGGAAUAAAGAAAUGGGCAAUACUCAAAUACCUGAUUUGGGUCUAACCCCUAAUUUGCCAAAAGAAUCUGAAGUAAGAAGUAUUUGUAUUAUUUAUGGAUGUAACAUCCAGUGUUGCUGGGGUUUUUGUUUGGGUUUUUUAGUCUUCUUCAUUAGUAAAUUGCAUACUAGUAAAUAAGGUUCAGAAGAUCCUAUAUAUGUGAUAUUUGGCCUGUUUUCAUAUAACAAGUCCUUAUGAUACUAAAGGAUCUUUUACCUAGCAUUUUAUGUCAGCAUUCUCUGAAUAAUUUUUAAUACACUUUGUAAAUACAUGAAGUGACAGCUAGUCCUCAGAAUGCUAGCUUCCUUCCUAUUUUCAGAGCCAGGGAGAAAAAUCAGCUACAUUUUGGACUUCCUGUGUUUUCUUUUUCACAAGAUGUUCAGUGGGACUUAGCUGGGUUUUGUGCAAAUCUAGUAAAAAAAGACUAUUGCAAUCUAUCUAAAUGACAUUUUAAAGAAGCUAUUUUAGAAUAUGAAGAGAAUGUAUAGAUACUGUUUUGUUUCAUGAUUAAUUUAUUUAUCUAUAAUGGAUGUAUAGAAAGAUUUUUGCAACUAUUUGUAAAGGUGAAAUAUGCAAUAAAUUCUAGACUAUAUUUUGAAAUCAGUUGAAAUAAUUAUGGCAAAAGAAG